AUGUCUGGAAUCAGUAAAGCUUGUUGCUCUAUCCCUCCCGUCGUGACCAAGGGCUACCAAGCCAAAGGCACCUAUCAGACCAUCAAUGGCAUGAAAACCUAUGUUACUGGGCCCGAGUCGGCGACUAAGGCUAUCCUGGUAGUAUACGACAUCUUUGGCUUCUUUGAGCAAACCCUCCAGGGUGCCGACAUUCUGUCCACCUCCAAUGAGAACAAGUACCGGGUCUUCAUGCCGGACUUUUUCGACGGCAAGCCCGCUGAUAUCUCCUGGUACCCUCCAUCUACCGAUGAGCACAAGCAGAAGCUCGGUGACUUUUUCAACAACCAGGCCGCUCCCCCCAAGACCUUGUCCCGCAUCCCAGACGUCGUUGCCGAGGCCAACAAGCAGGCGCCCGGAGGUGCCUUCUCAUCAUGGUCGAUCUUGGGCUUCUGCUGGGGCGGCAAGAUUGCUGCACUGUCCGUCGGGGCGGAUAACAGGUUGUUCAAGGCCGGUGCUCAGGCGCACCCGGCCAUGGUCGACCCCAACGAUGCCAAGGAGGUCUCUGUUCCUUUCGCCGUGCUGGCCUCCAAGGAUGAACCUGCAAAGGAUGUGAAGGCCUUUGAGGAGAACCUGAAGGUCCCCAAGCUGGUGGAGACUUUCCCAACUCAAAUCCAUGGCUUCAUGGCGGCUCGCUCGAACUUGGAGGAUCCCGAGGUUCGGAAGGAGUACGAGCGUGGCUACAAACUGGUGCUGGAAUUCUUCCACCAGCACGCAUAA